UGCCAAGCUCUCACCAUGUUCAGUCCCGAUUUCUAUUUUAGCCUGUGCAGGUUGUGCCUGUUAGGGCGGAUAGAGUUGACUUGAUUUCCGUAUCACCAGCCUUUUUUCCCCUUGAUUCAUUCUUUGUUUUUAUGGGCGACGUAUCGCAUAGAAAAAGUGUGACGUGAUUGUGAAGGAAACUGGACGGCAUGGUUUUGAAUCGACUUACUUUUUGCUGGCUUGCCUUAGUGACCAUCUUUCUUAAGUGACGUCAGUUACAGUUCAGUUGGACGCUUUCGGGAUGUGUUCAAUGCCAACAUGUUGUUGAAAAGUUGGCGAAGAAAAGCGGAAGAACAGCGUGUUAGGUUGUUUGAUAGACUUCCUCAGAAUAUUGAGUCGAAAUAUACGACACCGCAAGUCAUCGCCAACCGUGGAUAUACAUCCGAGACUCACCAUGUAACUACAGACGACGGAUAUAUUCUGGAAAUUCAUCGAAUUCCACCCAAGGGUACUGCCAAGAAAGUGGUAUUUUUGCAGCACGGCGUAUUGCAGUCAUCCGGCACGUGGUUGGUCAAUCCUUCCAGUCGUUCACUUGCAAUACUGCUGGCAGAACAGUCGUACGACGUGUGGCUGGGCAAUUUCCGAGGCAACAAGUAUUCAAGAAAACAUGCUACCCUCGACCCAAAUUCUGACGAGUACUGGAAAUUUAGCUGGGACCAAAUAGGAAAUUACGACAUUCCUUCUGUAAUCAACUAUAUUUUGAAGACAACGGGCCAAUCCAAAUUGUCCUACGUAGGACAUUCGCUAGGGUGCGGAGUGUUCUUCAUCGCCAUGAUCAAGCAUCCAGAUCUCAAUGCCAAAAUUGAACUGAUGAUUGCUCUGUCACCGCUAUCGUCGUUUGCUAAUUUUAACGCCAUCUUUCGGGCUUUGACUCCAUUCACCGAUCCUAUCGAGAAUUUCCUUAGAUUGCUUCGCACUCGUGUUUUCUUAGACAGCGAGGUUGCCGGAGAUCGUUUGUUUGAUAUCGCAUGCGAACAAACUUAUAGCCAAGCGCGAUUCUGCAGAGAAGUGUUCAUUUUAGUUUGUGGACCCAAUCGCAAAAACCUCGAUCCCGCUUUGAUCCCAUUGAUGAACGCAAACUUUAUGACUGGAACUUCCGUCGCCGUCAUAGCUCAAUUCGCUCAAAAUUAUAAUGCAGGUGAGACUUUCCAGGCUUAUGAUUACGGCACGGAAGGUAAUCUUCAAAAGUACGGUUCGACGAAACCAUUUGAAUACGAUUUGACAAAAAUCACAGCUCCGAUUUAUGUCUUUUCAGGAGCAGUUGACAGAAUCGUUACAGCAAAGGAUGUCGAUUGGCUGCUGACCAAGCUAAGAAACCUGAAGGGAUCUACUCGUUUCAAUGAAUACAAUCAUUUGGAUUUCAUAUGGGGGACAGAUGUCAAAGAGAGGCUUUAUGACAAAGUCUUGGACCUUUUGUCAUCCUCUUAAGCCAAAACAGCUCAUCAACUGAUCAAUAGUUUGCCUUUGUGAAACCUUAAUCUUAUUGAAAUAUUCAUAUUUAUUAAUAAAAGAGUUUGAUCAUU